UAUUUUAAUCAGAAGCAAAUUUUCUCUUUUCUUUUGUUUUGUUCCUGCAGGGAGAAAUGUGGCUCUCUUCUUCUUCUUCAUGGCUCUCCGAGCUAUCAUGUUCAUCUUCGGCCGUAUUAGACCAAACAUCGUCACUUCCACUUGCUAUCCAAUGGCUUAGAUUUGUUUUGCUUUCUCCAUGCCCUCAACGUGCUCUCUUCUCCGCCGCUGAUCUCCUUUUCCUCCUCCUCCUCCUCUGCUUCUCUCUUCACAAGCUCUUUUCUUCUUCUUCCUCCGACUUCCAUGUUCGAAAACCUCUUCUCGGAGUCCGAGUCCGUGCAACCAGGACUACCGCCUGGUUCAAGACGACGGUCCUAGUCACCCUUCUCUUGUCGUUUUGCUCCGUCUUGCUCUGCGUUUUGGCCUUCACCAGGAACCCACGCACUCCUUCUCGGCGUCCAUGGAACCUCAUAGACCCUCUCUUUUGGCUCAUCCACGCCGUCACGCACGCCGUCAUCACUGUUCUCGUCCUCCACGAGAGGAGAUUCGCUGCUCUCGACCAUCCUUUAUCCCUCAGAAUCUAUUGGAUCUCCAGUUUCUUCCUCACUGCUCUCUUCGCCGUCUCCGCUGUUUUCCAUUUCAUCUCCGACGCCGCCGUCACCCUUCCCAUACAAGAAGACGUCGCUUCCUUCCUCUCCUUCCCGUUAACCGCCUUUCUGCUCAUCGCCGCCGUCAGAGGAACCACCGGCCUAGUCACCGCGGAGUCCAACAGCCCUCCUGUUCUGGAGAAAUCCGACGACGUCUCUCUCUACGCAUCAGCCUCUGCUUUCUCCAAAAUGUUUUGGUUAUGGAUGAAUCCUCUGCUGAGCAAAGGCUACAAAUCUCCUUUGACGCUCCAACAAGUUCCGACGCUUUCUCCGGAGCACAGAGCAGAGAGGCUCGCCCUUCUCUUCGAAUCCUGUUGGCCCAACCCGUCGGAGAAUUCUAGCCACCCGGUGCGAACCACUCUAAUCCGUUGCUUCUGGAAGGAGCUCCUCUUCACCGCCAUUUUAGCCAUCUUACGUCUCGGCGUCAUGUACGUUGGCCCCGUUCUCAUCCAGAGCUUCGUUGAUUUCACUUCCGGCAAGAGAUCCUCGCCGUGGCAGGGUUAUUACCUCGUCCUCAUCCUCCUCGUUGCCAAAUUCGUCGAGGUCUUGACGACGCAUCAGUUCAAUUUCAAUUCCCAGAAGCUUGGAAUGCUCAUAAGAUCUACUCUAAUCACUGCACUCUACAAGAAAGGUUUAAAGCUCACCGGCUCAGCGCGCCAGAACCACGGCGUUGGCCAAAUCGUGAAUUACAUGGCCGUUGACGCACAACAGCUCUCGGACAUGAUGCUUCAGCUCCACGCAAUCUGGCUCAUGCCUUUGCAAGUGACUGUUGCGCUCGUGCUCCUUUACGGAAGCUUGGGGGCGUCUGUAGUAACGGCGGUCAUUGGCUUGACUGGAGUGUUCGUCUUCAUCCUCUUGGGUACUAAGAGAAACAACAUGUACCAAUUCAGUUUGAUGGGAAAUCGAGAUUCUAGGAUGAAAGCCACCAACGAGAUGCUUAAUUACAUGCGAGUCAUCAAAUUUCAGGCUUGGGAGAAUCAUUUCAACAAGAGGAUCCUCAAGUUCAGGGACAUGGAGUUUGGUUGGCUUUCCAAGUUUCUAUACUCCAUAGCUGCCAAUAUCAUUGUCCUUUGGAGCACGCCAGUGCUUAUCUCUGCGCUCACCUUCGCCACCGCCCUUGCUUUGGGGGUCAAACUUGACGCUGGGACUGUUUUCACCACCACAACCAUUUUCAAGAUCCUACAAGAACCCAUUAGAACGUUUCCUCAGUCUAUGAUAUCUCUCUCGCAGGCAAUGAUUUCUCUCGGAAGACUAGAUUCGUACAUGAUGAGCAAAGAGCUUUCGGGAGAUGCUGUGGAGAGAUCUUUGGGAUGUGAUGAUAGUACUGCAGUGGAGGUUGAAGAUGGAAAUUUUAGUUGGGAUGAUGAGGACAACGAACCUGCUCUGAGUGAUAUUAAUUUUAAGGUUAAGAAAGGAGAGCUCACAGCUAUAGUGGGAACUGUUGGUUCUGGGAAAUCUUCCCUGUUAGCUUCUAUUCUUGGUGAAAUGCACAAAAUCUUGGGCCAGGUGAGGGUUUGUGGGAGCACAGGUUAUGUAGGGCAGACAUCAUGGAUAGAAAACGGGACAGUUCAAGACAACAUCUUGUUUGGUCUCCCAAUGAUAAGAGACAAGUACAAGGAUGUUCUCAAUGUUUGUUGUCUUGACAAAGACCUGCAAAUGAUGGAGUUUGGGGAUCAGACUGAGAUCGGUGAACGCGGAAUCAACCUCAGCGGAGGACAGAAGCAACGUAUACAACUAGCACGUGCAGUAUACCAGGAUUGCGAUGUAUACUUGCUCGACGAUGUUUUUAGCGCUGUGGAUGCUCAUACCGGUUCAGAUAUAUUCAAAAAUUGCGUAAGAGGAGCUCUAAAAGGCAAAACCAUACUGCUAGUAACACAUCAAGUGGAUUUCUUGCACAACGUUGAUUGCAUCUUGGUGAUGCGUGAGGGAAAGAUUGUUGAGUCAGGAAGAUAUGACGAAUUAGUAAACUCCGGGUUGGAUUUUGGGGAACUAGUGGCUGCACAUGAGACAUCAAUGGAGUUGGUUGAAGCCGGUGCAGACUCUGUAGCAGCAGCAACGAUCAUGACAUCCCCAAGAACACCAGCGUCUCCCCAUGCAAGCUCUCCGAGAACGUCCAUGGAGUCUCCUCGCUUAAGUGAUCAAAAUGAUGAGCAUUUUAAGUCAUUUCUUAGCUCUCACACCGUAGAAGAUGGCUCUAAGCUCAUCCAAGAAGAGGAAAGGGAAAUCGGACAGGUCAGCUUAAGAGUUUAUAAACAAUACUGCACUGAAGCCUAUGGCUGGUGGGGCAUUGUGCUUGUGGUAUUCUUCUCUUUGACGUGGCAGGGUUCUCUUAUGGCCAGCGAUUACUGGCUUGCUUAUGAAACAUCAGCCAAGAAUGCAAUUUCAUUUGAUGCUUCCAUUUUCAUUCGUGUAUAUGUCAUUAUCGCACUUGUUUCCAUCGUUUUGGUGAGCCUAAGGUCAUAUUACGUCACCCACUUGGGACUCAAGACUGCUCAGAUAUUUUUCCGACAAAUUCUUAACAGUAUCUUACACGCCCCAAUGUCAUUCUUCGACACCACGCCAUCGGGAAGAAUUCUAAGUCGGGCAUCUACUGAUCAAACUAAUAUCGAUAUCCUCAUUCCGUUUAUGCUUGGACUUGUGGCCUCAAUGUACACCACUCUGCUAAGCAUUUUCAUAGUUACUUGCCAGUACGCUUGGCCAACUGCAUUCUUUGUGAUUCCCCUUGGCUGGCUUAACAUCUGGUACCGGAAUUAUUACCUCGCUUCUUCCCGUGAAUUAACACGCCUGGACUCGAUCACUAAGGCUCCCAUCAUCCACCAUUUCUCAGAAAGUAUCGCUGGAGUGAUGACAAUCCGAUCAUUCAAGAAGCAAGAGUUGUUUAGGCAAGAAAACGUGAAGCGUGUCAACGCCAAUCUCAGGAUGGACUUCCACAACAAUGGCUCCAACGAAUGGUUGGGUUUCCGGUUAGAGCUAAUCGGAAGUUGGGUGCUCUGCAUCUCAGCUUUGUUUAUGGUAAUGUUACCCAGCAAUGUUAUCAAACCAGAGAACGUUGGAUUGUCUCUUUCGUACGGUCUGUCCUUGAACUCGGUUUUGUUCUGGGCUAUAUACAUGAGCUGUUUUGUCGAGAACAAGAUGGUUUCUGUUGAAAGGAUCAAACAGUUCACUGAUAUACCCUCUGAAUCCGAGUGGGAGAGCAAAGAAAACCUUCCACCUUCUAAUUGGCCCUUCCUUGGUAAUGUACAUCUCCAAGACCUCAAGGUGCGAUAUAGACCAAACACUCCACUUGUGCUCAAGGGAAUAACUUUAGACAUUAAAGGAGGAGAAAAGGUUGGUGUGGUGGGACGAACGGGUAGCGGGAAAUCGACAUUGAUUCAAGUCUUGUUUAGACUUGUAGAACCGUCAGGAGGGAAAAUAAUCAUAGACGGGAUUGAUAUCGGGACAAUAGGGCUGCAUGAUCUCAGGUCAAGAUUCGGAAUCAUCCCGCAAGAACCCGUCCUUUUCGAAGGAACAGUGAGGAGCAACAUCGACCCAAUGGAGCAAUACUCUGACGAAGAAAUUUGGAAGAGCCUUGAAAGAUGCCAACUCAAGGAUGUUGUUGCUACCAAGCCUGAGAAACUCGAUUCUUUAGUGGUUGACAAUGGGGAGAACUGGAGCGUAGGGCAGAGGCAGCUUCUAUGUUUAGGGAGAGUAAUGCUGAAACGGAGCAAACUUCUAUUCCUAGACGAAGCAACUGCAUCAGUUGAUUCACAAACAGACGCCGUGAUCCAGAAAAUCAUAAGAGAAGACUUCAAGGCAUGCACCAUAAUCAGCAUCGCCCACCGGAUUCCCACAGUAAUGGACGGUGAUCGAGUCCUAGUCAUAGAUGCUGGGAAAGCGAAAGAGUUCGAUAGUCCAGCCCGUUUGCUGGAGAGGCAGUCGCUGUUUGCUGCGCUCGUGCAAGAGUAUGCUCUUCGGUCUGCGGGAAUAUGAUGAAUCUUACGGAGCUGAAUAUUCUGUAUGUGUUUUACGUGUUUAGCGUCAGUAUCAUAUCUACAUCUUAUCAUACUACGAUGAUGACGUAUUCAUUAGUCUCAGUAUUAAGACUCCAAAUUUUUGGAAACUCCUCAACGGAAAAUGCGUGUAUAUAGAAUAUGUACCUCGCUCCUUGGGUUUAUAAUAUGCUGCAAACUACUCUAACUA